AUGGUGCCGCGACCCGGGAGUACUACUUCGAAUGACGGGCUAACGAUCCAAGAGGCAUCGGAGGCAGGUGCGCAGUCGGCUGGAAGGUCGCCGACCGCAAGAGAGCACAGUGAGAGACCUGUCGCGUCGUGGAGCUCUGAGGGAACCUUCAUGACAGGCCACGGGGCCAGCGACGACCAGGAGGGCUACGAAGAACAGUUUGCCGUCCCCGAUGCGGCUCCCGACGAGGGAGCCGCGAAGGACCGCGACUUGCGUCGCGGUCGGAAGCCUGCAAAGGCCGACGACCAACAACAACCCACCGCCAAGGCCGCCGCCAAGCGCAAGUCGCCCAAGAAGAGGAGGAAGAAGAAGCUGCACGCGCCGGACUCGGCGGAAGCGUCGCUGUCCAAGCCCCAAGGCAAGGAAGCGGGGCGCCAGUACGCCGUCGAAGAGGUGCGGUACGUCGUGGCGCGCACUGAGCUCUUCCGGCUGCUGGAGCAAGACCCGAUCUUGGUCUUCCUCAAGCCCAUGCUGAUGAGCAACUUCACGGGCCCCUUCGUCGCGCCGGACUUCGAUAGUCCCACCAGCGUCGCCCACACCGCGACGAUUCUCUUCCAGAUGCUGCGUGAUUCGAGAUUCGUGCUGGGAUCUUUCGAGAUGGAGAAGCUGUGCGACUGGGACCUCAAGUCCUGGUUGCGCGCGAUUCGCGUCGUGCAGGAGCCCUUGACGAUUCUCGCCGGAUCCGUCAAACAAGACGCGACGAGUUUCUCAGCGGGCCAAGACGCGCCGAGUUCCUCGACGGGCUCAGCCCAGACCUCGACGACCACGCCCUCGCCGCCACCUCGAUACCAAUCGAGUAGCAAGUCUCCGGAGAAGCUCUGCGCGCCGGAUUCAGCGGAUGGACCGCCGGUCAAGGCGAGAGGCGAUGACACGGGGAAUCAGUUCACCACGGCAGAGAUGAGGUAUAUGCUUGCUGGAGUGGAGCUGAUCCGGCUGCUGGAGCACGAUCCGAUCCUGCGUUUUAUCAAGCCCAACGCGAUCAAGUUCACGGGUCCUUUCCGGGUGCCAGACUUUGACAUGCUCAUGAACGUCACGCGAGCCGCAGGGACACUCUUCGAGAUGUUGCACGAAUAUCAGGCUUCAGCUCGGGCAUCACCGAGAGGACGGGGGUGUAUGACUGGGACGUCGAGUCGUGGACACGUGACUCCGCCUGGGACGGGCCCAAUCUCAACGCAGAUGAUAACUUCGUCCCAGGCUGAGUCGAGCGUGCAUUCCACGUCGAGGUCCAAACCCCGACGCGACGUAGAUGACGAACCCGCCGACUUCUUUGACGUGGACUUCGGGAUGCCGAAAACCACGGCCGCGACCUCAACCACGACUUCACCGGAACUGGACGAGGUUUUCAACCAUCUGAGCGAGCCGCCGAGCGCUAUGCCCCGUGAGGUCACGCCAGCGCGUAUCAAGGUUCUGCCGGAUCUGAAGGAAGCAAUUCUUAAGGCGCUGGAAGAGGCUAGUACGCGCUCUACGAUAACUCAGGCAUCGAAUACCCAUGUCUCUGCGGUUCAUAAAAUGUUGACGCGGGACGCGUCGAAGGAGAUGCACCAGCAAGGACUUGGUAAUCACGCCGUGAUGUCCGUCGCAGUGCCGGUUGUGACGACAUCCAGGCGACCGUUGGGCACGGCGCGGGCCUCUACGACUCCCGAGCAAUGGCGUUACGACGCACGAGUGCGGCCGGUCUCACUCGACGCGCUUAAGCAACUCGACCCAGGGCAAACACUCGACGUCCGCAUGCGCUCCAGCCGAGAUGCACCGCGCCUGUGGGUCACGCGCAGCAAAACGUGGGUUACAACCAUGUUUAAGACUAAGAUCGAGCGACAAACAUACCUGCGGGUGACCAACGUCACGGACGAGACAAUAACGCUCGACGCAGGCACGAACUACCAAGAUUGGCAAAACCUUGCGUAUGAAGUGACCUGCGACGAGGACGAGACCUGGCGUGACGACGAGCUCGUCUGGCCCAUGUAUGGAUGGCCGACGUACGAAGAUCUGGAAUUCGACGCGCGUCGAGCGGUGGAGACGUCGUCGGUGAGCAAGUUGCAGACGCGUGGCCACUCGACGCUGUCGCGCGUGGUGUUGAAGACACGGCUGAAGCGUCGCGAGUCGAACAACCCGUCGAAGGUGCGUCGGGCGAGGCGCGCCGUCCAGCGGAAGUCGAGCGAACGCGCGCAAGUUGCAAAAUCCAACAGGGACAAGUGCGACAGUGUGAGAUGUGAGGGAUUGAACGUCUCGGAACCGUCCCAGAAACAGUCCCAGAAGCAGUCCCGGAAGUGCGACACCGUGAGACGGACCGAAUGUGACACCGUGCGACAGUUGGGCGAAGGGUCGCCCAUGAGACAGACGGAAUGUGACACCGUGCGACAGUCGAGCGAAGGGUCGAGGGGACGCGACGACGUGAGACUGACCGAAUGUGGCACUAUGCGACGGUCAGUAGCGAGGUCUCAGACCUGCGACGGUAUGCGACUUGGGGACAAAGCUGGAAAAUGGCGUCUUUGGCGACAUUCCGCCCUCGAGACCGUGAAGAACAAGCCGAAUGUGAACUUUGACGUGGUCGACGAGGGGCCUGACGGUGGCGGGACUGGAGGACCACCGGGGUCUGCACCAAAAGAGAGGCACCGCGCCAUAAACUUAGAUCGAUUGGUCAACCCUGAGCAAGAUGCUGGUCCGAAUUGCGCGAUCUAUCGAAGUGGCGGGUACGCCGCAGCGGGGCGAGUGGUGCGAUUUCCUGUGGACAAGCCCGAAUGCCACGGCGCGCCACCUGGAGGAUUGCUGGCGAAGGUACCAGCUGUCACUCGACGGAUGUCCAGUGAACUCAAUAAGUCUGCGGUCCUGAAGGUGGCGGGCAAGGCGGGCGACGAGCCACGCUGCCUGCAGCUACACCGACUUCGAACCUGCGACGCACUACACGUACAACCGCGUUACGGCGUACGUCGAGGCGGGAACACGGGGCCUGACGCACUUGUUGGAUGCGUACGACGAGACCAAGAAGACAGCGCGACGAAUAACUCGUCGCAGAUCCGGUGCACGGAGACGAUGCACCUCCGAGAGGUUACCGGGGAAUCGGAUCCUGGGGAACGCGGUCAACGCUCCGCGGCGGCCGGUUGCACUGGCGCGAUGCACAGGGCGAAGGACGGUGCCGACUCAGCGAAGGAUCAGGCGGGGGUCAUCCAGCCUACUACAGCGCAGAACGAGUCGAGCCCGAGCGCAACGAGGGUGCCAGACCCACGUUGCACGACGGACAGUCGCGCUGACGCGAGACGCGGGGCGAGCGACGGUGACGCCAGCGCAGCAGGGGCAGGGGUGUUUGUCAUACAGCCGGCGUAUCACUCGCGAGAAGACAUCCGACCCCGGACGUUAGAUCCAGAAACAGCGUCACCUGUCAACCUCGUUGCGGAAGAUUGCGACGCGAAAAAUCGCGACGAGGGAAACUGCAACGAGGCCAACCCUGUCGUCAACGUGCCGGAACGAGACCCGCCGACGCCGGAGAACAUGGAUUUGGGGCGCGGGACGGCGUACGUCCUCGUGGUGACGAUGCACUCGGCUUCUACACGCGCAACGAACCCCAGAGGCAGAGCUCCAGGUGUCCUACAAGAGCUGGCUGCUCAGAACCCGUCGAGCCUGGUCAAGACCCCUCCCAGAGCGGCUAAAGGCGCAGAGGGCAUGGCCCCGGGCAUUUUACGGGGCGCGGUGCGCUGGACGAAGACGCGUCUUGCGUCGGAUCUGAUUAUGCAUUCAAGUUUUUGGCACCGCCGACUCGCGCAGGUGAACGCGCUAGAAGUCGACCAAGCUGAACACGUCGCAGAUCGGACUCGGGGCGGAGUCGCGACGACGGACACGGCUGAAGUCAAUUUGCCGAUACGAUAUUGCUUGGAUUGCGACAGUCCCGGUCUCCCCCACGAGCUUAAGCGCAUGUCCGACGCACUGACCCGGUGCGCAGAGACGCUACACCACCGAGUGGAGAUCGUCAGGAAACCAGAUGCCACGAAACACGGUCAAUGUCGUGCGACGGACAGUCACGCUGAAGCGAGACGCGGGGCGAUGGGAAGUGCCCCCGACGCGGCGAGAGCGCAGGGGGGUGGCAUCCAGCCCGGUGCAGCGCGGAACGCGUCGAGACUGAGCGCGACGAGGAUGUCAGAAGUUCUAAAUCGCGCGACGGACAGUCACGCGAAAGUGAGACUCGGGGCGAUGGGAAGUGGCCCCAACGCGGCGAGAGCGCAGGCAGCCGGCAACGAGCCUGCUGCAACGAGGAACGCGUCGAACCCGAUCAGGGGGCAUGUUGCAGUGUCGAAAUACGUGGAGGGUCCAACGAGCGUGUCGGACGCCGCAAGUGACUCGUCGCGCGACGGAACAGAGUCGACGCGCCGAGGGAUAUGCAUCCUUCAGAACUGCCGACUCGCGCAGGUGAACGUGCUAGUAGUCGACCAAGCCGGGGACGACGCAGAUCGGACCCGGGGCGACGUCGCGGCGAUGAACAGGGUUGGAGUGAAUUCGUUGAUGUCAUAUUGCUGGGAUCGCGGCAGAAUGGGAUCUGCCUACGGGCUAGAGCUCAUGCUCGACGCUGUGCCGCGAGACGCCCCGUGUGUGAGCACGUACGCUGACGUUUCCAAGUUGAGGCCUAUGCGCGCUAUGAUCAAUGGGACGACCCCGUCGAACGAGCCCGCCGACUGCCGCGACGAGAUGCCGCUAGAAGUGAGCCGGGACACUAGCACUGUAAAGAGCGACGGCGUUGCGUACUCGAAGGUCAGGAACAAGCACGCCGAGACGGUUCGCGUCGUGGUAGACUUGGCGCUCUCCUUUCGGUUCGCGCGCGACCGAGAUCCGCGGUGUACGUCAAGGGCGAUAAUCGCCGUCGGAAAACUACCGCACCAGUGCGCCGAGCCCAAGCGACGGACGCUACAGAUCGGACCGCGUGCGCAGAUGCGGCGCGUCAGGUUGCGCACCAAAGCGCAAGGCAGGCCAAACGAAUCGCGUCGCGAGACGAGUAACUCGCUUUACCAACUGUCUUUCGACUUCCGCACCUCCAAGCAAAACCCCGUUAAAGAGUUUCCGUCACACGCCGCGACGUGUUUGGCGCCUGACACUACACUCGCUCUGGACGAGGAUGCUUCCGAAGGGGAGAAGUCCUUGGAGCUGCAUGCCGGUCGGGCUUCCCGACAUGGCUGCGCGCGCCGCGAGUUCGACAUGACCUGGAGAGGCUGUACCGACGAACUGGAUCUCAACUGCGGAAAGUGGCGGAGCGACUUCUCGCGACAGCACGCUGGUCGUUACCGUCUUGCGGCGAUUUCGCGCGAGGACGUGGGGCGGCUGAGCCGAGCCCUGGCGGAGAGCCUCGACUCUGGGAAUGGCCGGAGCGAGGGGUUGGAUGAGGGAAGUGUGGAGGACCAGCCUGUUGCUGAAGAUGAGAUGGCGGAGGGCCGUCUCAUAAAAGAUGUGAAGAAGUGGAAAGAAACGAAGGAAAAGAGCAAGGCCUACGUGUUGGAGUUACGGCUACAGCGACUACGAGCAACGACAACGGCGGCGCGCUUGGGCGUCGCUGUCCGAGGCCUCGGACUGGAACUGCGCUGUGACCUGGCGCGUUCGAUCGACAGCAGCAGUCGAGACCAAACUGGGAGGCCUGCACCCACGCCGGACCUGGACGAAGCGUCGGACCUGAACGGCGCGUCGGAGCCCGAUGAGUAUCCGCGGUUAACGAGUGGAGGCGAGACAGGAGCAGCGGGAGCCGCCGCUCGGCUUGACUCCGCAGGCCACAGCGUUUGUCUCCACCGCGACGGAAGCUUCACGUCGACGGAUCAGGUCGUAGGUGUCAAUGUGCCCGCCUACGGACGUGACGACACCGGCAAGACGUUCUGGAAGUCCAUCGCGCACGUGCUACGCCAUCUACCAACCUCGACGCGCUUCCCGAAGCACCCGUCCUCAAACCGCGUCAUGCUCGUCGCGGUCCUGGAUGGCCACGUCGUGCUCGUCCUCCAGCUCGAUUACGUGAGCGCUGGAACGCUGCGCGAGACAUGGCCUGAAGCUCGCCGAUUCCUCCAAGUCGCGGAUACGCAUCGCGCCCCGCCAGAGUUCUUUGGCGUGGGUCACAAGGAAUGCGUUAUUGCACCGAAGGUCUACUCACAGCGGCUCGUUAAACGCUGCGCCGACUCGGCUUCCGCACGGCUCUGCGUGGGCGCAUUACGGAUAAGGAGCCGAAGCUUGACGCACUUGGUCCCUCGCGAUGCUGGAAGCGUCGUGCGCUUGCUCGACGACCGCCAGGGCUUGAUGCGCGCGGUCUCGCUCGGCAAAAGCUACGCCGCGUUGCCGCUCUGCAGCUACGAAGGAUUGCUGCGUUUGAUCGCAUUCCGCCACGGUAGCGCCGAGUCGCGAUUGGACAGGGGAGAGGCAGCUGGGGCUACCGCGAGCUGA